UGGGAGCCUUCCUCUUUCCGAGCUCAAUAGGCCUUCCUUUAGAUCGGACCUCUGGGCCGCCACGCGUUCCCCAGAGCUGAUCCUGGAAAGACUGCCUGCGAUGGAGGGGGCCGCUCUCUUCUGCCACCCGCUCUGGUUCAUCUGCUCCUUGGCCCUCCUGGUGCUGCUGUGGAUACGAAGAAGAAAGAGCUGGAGUCCGGAUGCUUGUCCUGUAGACCUGAGUGGCAAGACGGCCAUUGUCACUGGAGCCAGCAGUGGAAUUGGCAAGGCUGUCGCUCUUGACCUGGCACGCAAGAACGCACGCACCAUCCUGGCCUGCCGCUGCAGGGAGAAAGGCCAGGCUGCGGUGGAGGAGAUCCGCAGAGCCACGGGGAACCCCCACGUGCAGCUCCGUCUGCUGGACGUCAGUUCCAUGGCCUCCGUCCGUGACUUUGCCAGGAGGUUUCUGGAGGAAGGGAGCCAGCUGCACAUCCUGGUGAACAAUGCGGGCGUCACAGGCCUGCCAUUUGCCGUCACGACUGAGGGCCUGGAGCUCACGUUUGCCACCAACGUCUCGGGUGCCUUCCUCCUCACCAACCUGCUGCUUGGUACCAUGGUGGCCUCGGCUCCGGCUCGCAUCGUCAACGUCUCUUCCUUCCGGCACUUCUGUGUCAGGAAGGUGGACCUGAAGUGGCUGACGGGGGAGGAGCUGCCCAAAAAUGCCAGCCAGGCCUACGACUGCACCAAGCUCAUGAACGUCCUCUUCACCACGGAGCUGGCUCGGAGGCUGCAGGGCACCGGUGUGUCGGCCAAUGUGCUGAGCCCAGGAAUCGUCCGGACGGAGAUCCUGCGCCAUUAUGGCCGGGCCAGCCGCCUGCUCUACUGGCUCUGCAGCCCCUUCAUGAUGAACCCCCAAAGGGGAGCCACCAGCACUCUCUACUGCGCGGUCGCCCCAGAAGUAGAGGGGAUUUCAGGCAAGUAUUUUGACAGCAACUGCACACUGGUGCUGCCUCAAACCCUCGCGCACGAGCCAGGCCUUGGCCAGAGACUGUGGGAUGCGCUGGAGAAGGCCACGGGCCUCAAGGCAGAUGGAAGCCAGCAGGCGUUCCCUGUGCAAAGGGAACGUUAGGGGGCUUCUCCCUCUUUUCUGGCCAAGAGAGUCGAAAAGCUGCCCUUCAGCAACAUGGAUCUUCUGACUCCCCUUCCAAGAACUCUUCCCUGCAAAGCUGCCAAGCCCUUUAACUGUGAGCCAUGGCCAGAAAAGCUAAAUUCACCUUGGAUUUUUUCUCCUGCUGUGAAUGGAGGCCCUUGAGGACUGCUGGGGCCCCUCCAGCCCUCUGUUGGAGUUGGUGGGGCCGGGGUCUGCUUUGAAUCUCCUUUUCCCAGGCUGUUUGCAUGACGGACCGAGUUUCUUCAUUUCCUGAUGGUUUUUGUCUGGAGUCCAGGCUCCUCUUGGCUCUUCUCCCCAGCGAUGCCUUUGCAACCUGUCGAGCUUCCCCUGCUGCCCUAGUUCUGCUGUGGGGCUUAUAAAAAGUCCAUCCAUAGAAAACAAACAAAAUUAAAGUGAAAAAAGUUCCAAUGGUAAAAACAUAAAUCGCCAAUUCAGGUUAUCAAAUGCUUUCUGGGCAUCUAAGAUCAAAGCCAUUUGUUUUUCAGGGUGUGCCUCGUAAGGCUCCAAUGUAUUCAGAAUUAUUCUCAUAUUAACUUGAAUUUAUCUUUUUGGUAGAAACCCAUUUUGGUCAGGAUGAAUAAAACCAUUUAAAUAUUU